CUAGCUGCUACAUGUACAUAGUAUGAGGUAGUUAAAUAAAUGCUUCCUGUUUCUUCCGCGUGACACCUUACGACGUUGGCUUGACUUUAUGUACAUUUCGCAUCCUCUAAGCGAACCUAUUUCUUGAACAAAACCGCUCUUAUUCUAGUUUACUUAAAUCCUAGCUUGCUCUAAAAUUAUCAUACUAAAGUUCAGUACCCCGUUUCACCAGUUCAAGUCUAUUCUCAACGUAGUUCGUCUUCACUUUGAACGUUACAAUGAGCCGCUGGUCGCAGUACGAUACCGACGAGGAACGCCUCCCGGAGGGCAUGCAACGUAUUGGCUACGAUUCCGAUACCCAAACCUACACAUUCCGCGAUGCCGAGGGCACUAUCUGGGAGAGCGCACCCGGUAACCGGUACGGUGAACUCCAUCGCGUCAAUACAACAUACGCACCUUACGGUGACGAAGAAGCACACGAUGCGACAGAGCCACUGCACACAGCCUCGAAGGGACCACAUACUUCAUGGCGACAUGAGAUGAUGCCCUUGCUCAAUUGGUUCUUGUUGGUUGGUCUAUUCCUGAUCCUCAUCUUUUGGAUCAUCAGCGGUACGACUAAGCACAUCGAACCGAUUACCUGCGGAGAGCACAGCAGUCCAUACAAGAUCAAACCAGGCGACACAUGCUGGGCCAUUGCCGAGGGACAUGAUGUCCCACUUGAUUCUCUCAUCCACGAGAACGAAGGUCUUGAUUGCGAUAAGUUGCCCAUCGGUAGUACGGUAUGUAUACCAAGGGUCUAGAUCGUCGCUACACCAAGGGUUGCAGGGUCUUCUGGUUACUCUGGGGUCCUUGACACAGCAGUAUUGGCUUGUGGGCUUUUGUUGUCGGGAUCAAAUCAUUUGCUUCGCUUCGUUGGCGUUUACAGAUAGGUACAGGUUGCUGUGCUACCUUUCCCAGUUUAGAUUCGCGUCUCAUGCUAGGUUUAUUUCGGUCGCUAUCUU